CAAGGCAAACCCACGAUCGUACAUUUGAAGACUCAGCCGACUUGUAUAAUUUUUCCCACGAAAAGUUUGUCAUGGAACCUGUCUCCGUCAAAGCAACACCGGAAACUGUUCACUCCCGGCAACAAUUACAAGAUCCCAAGCACCGCCAAAAGUUCAUCCACACCUCGAUAUUUUACUUUGCGUCCAUAGCACUGGGCAUUUGCCGUGCCAUGCAUGGCCCAGCAUUCUUGGACCUGGCUCAGAUCACUGGGAGCAAUGUAGAGGAGGCAUCGGUUUUCUAUACGGCCCUUGCAGUAGGCGGACUCGUGGGCUCAGUCUUCAUGGGUGUCCUCCUUGAUAAAUUCUCCAAACACAGGCACGCCCUUGUGGCCAUUUUGUCCUUACUGAUGGCGGCUAGUGUCAGCGUUAUACCGUGGAGUCAAAACUACAUCUUGACCAUUUGUUUAUUUGGUGUUAAUGGGAUAUUAACAGCAGCCUUUGAUACAGGUGCAAAUGCUGAUAUUCUGAGCACAUGGGGCGUGGACGGCAAGAUUUAUAUACAGAUUCUACACUUUGUCUUUGCCAUCGGCACCAUCUUAGCACCCCUUAUCGUAGGACCCUUUUUGGCUGAGAAGAAGACACUCAAUGGUACGGGCUGCGACACAUUUGAUAUGCCACCGUCAUUGAACUACAGCGGCGGAGCCGAGGCCAACAACUCGACUGAAAACAAUUUCCUUCUUCCUGAGAACUGUGUCCCUUCCGAAAGUCAUAUCCAGUAUGCAUACAUGAUAGCAGCUUCACUCAGUUUUCUGGCUGGAAUCAUGAUAACGAUAGAAUGCUUUUUCAGUCCUUCAGAGUCGAAACGUAAAACAGGAAAUGAGAAUCAUCGAAAUCCCCGGGUCCUUCCAAAAUGGUUGUUUCUGCUUGUACUUUUGAAUGUUGGAGGCCUGUAUUUCUUCGCCUGUUCUUCCACGAGUGUCUUCAUUGGGUACAUGAUGGCGUACUUUGUAACAGAUCUCGGAUGGAGCAAGGAAAAGACUGCCAAAUGUACAUCAGUCUUUUGGGCAGCUUUCGCUGCCUCUCGCUUGCUGUGUGUAAUACUUGAUCGCAUCCUAACACCUCGUCAGCUUUUGUUUAUUUCUAAUAGUCUAUGUGUGUGUUCUCUAGGUGGUCUCUGGCUCAGCAUAAUUCAUGAGUCUGAGGCGGGGAUCUGGAUCUGCUUGGUCCUUGCGCCAAUAGGAAUGUCAGUUAAUUUCCCAACUGGACUUGUAUAUGUUGAACAUGAUGUGAUGAAAGUGUCAGGAAUGGUGACGUCAGUCAUCUGGGGGGCAGCGAGCUUACAAGGAAUUGUGAACCCUUUGUUAGUUGGUUACCUUUUUCAGAUGAUAUCCUACAAAUGGUACAUCUACCUCGAUUUUAUCGAGACUGUUUUGGCUUUUGUGUUUUUUCUGUCCACUGUUCUGAUUGUUAGGACGCUUGUGGAAAAGUAUGGCUCGCUUGAGUCGAAAAAUACUGUUGAUGAGAAAAACAUGGAGGAGGCAUUUAUUGAGGAGAAUGAGAAAACAGAGGAUAAUGUCGAAACGUAA